AUGAUUUGGCUGAAGAAGGCGGCCGUCUUGGCCGUCUUUUCUCUGUUGCCUAUCAUAAAUGCACAGGAGAUUCCGGGCUGUUAUGGCCCGAUAGCCGUUGGUCAGGACACUACAGACCCCAACUACCAGCCGCGGACGGAUUCGACGCAGGGAACGGGAAUGACACAGGAGAAAUGCGCAACAUUUUGUGCACCUUACCAAUACUACGCCUUGUCUAAUGGGGCAACUUGCACCUGCGGCAACACCGUCACCGGGGAGAACACAGAUGGUCAAUGUACCAGCACUUGUGCUGGAGAUCCAUCCGAAAAUUGCGGUUCUGCGGCCAAUCAGUAUGUGUUGGAACAUGAGCCUGUCACUUCUACGAGCACUACCUCCACGGCAACCGAGACUUCCACGGCGGACGAUACCUCUGAAACUGAUUCUACCGCUACUACUACCGAUGAUGCCACCGCUACCGACAGUACGGCUACCGCAACGGAUGAUGCCACUGCCACGGAUGAGGCGACGGCUAUGGACACAGACAGCACUGCUACUGCUACGGACAGCACAACUACCGCGACGGACGAGGCUACAGCCACUGAUGAAGCGACUACCACGGACACGGAUAGCACCACGACAGCCACGGACGAGGCCAGUAAUACGACUGAUGAGGCCAGCACACCCACUGAUGAGGCCAGCACAACCACUGAUGCCGCCAGUACAACCACCGAUGAGGCCAGUACAACCGCUGACCCGGAUGAGGUCGCCACUACAGACAGUAGUACAUCCACCGCUACGGACGAAGCUAAUUCCACGGAUUCCAGUUCAACUGAGGAACCGUCUAGUACCACUGAGACAUCCGUUGAGGCCACUAGCACAACCGAAGAUGCCAGUACAACAGAAACCUCAACUGGAGUGACUACGACUGAAACUUCCAGCACGGAGACCUCCAGCGAGGCGACCAGCACUGAAGAAGACGUCAUCGGCACAUCGACCGAAGCAAGUAGUUCAACAGAGGAAGCGAGCACAACGGCGACCCCUACAGAAGCAACAAGCACAGAUGAGCCAAGCUCAACUGAGGCUACAUCGACUGCGCCAAGCUCGACUGAAGCUUCAUCGACGGAAGCGACAUCAACUGACACUAGCGCUACUGAGACAUCUGCCGAGAUUAGCACGACUGAGACGUCCACUGAAGCUAGCACUGCGGCCACACCCGCGGAGACUAGCACUACGGCGACUUCAACUGAACCUAGCAGUUCGUCAACGGAGGUCGAAUCUACCAGCUCCACGGAACCUGAGUCUACCAGCACAGCGGAAGUCGAGUCUACCAGCUCAUCACAGGUCCCGCCAACAACGGUAUCGUCCACCGAGAAUUCCGCCGAGCCGACUACAACUUCCACUUCUUCCGAAUCACCGAUUGCGACGAGCAGCGCCACAUCUCCUGAAUCAUCUACUGACCCAACGACGAGCAGCACUAGCUCGGAGCCUCCUCUUGAAUCGACUACUGCCACAUCCAGCUCCGAGCCUGAGUCGACCCCCAGCAGCGCGACAUCUGGAGCCCCUGUUGAGCCAACGACAAGCACCUCCUUUACUGCGGAAGAGACGACCAGCAGCACAAACUUCAACUUCUACGGAGCCCUUGGUGGCGCCUACAACGAGCACCACAACCUCCGAGCCUCCUGUGCAGCAAACAUCGACUGCCUCAUCGGAAACUCCAGUCCAGCCUACGACUUCGUCUACUUCUACGGAAGUUCCAGUCCAGCCUACGCCUACUUCGACGUCUUCGACGGAGAAUCCUGUCCAACCGACUACGAGUUCUUCCACUGA